AGAGCCAUUGUACUCUAACAAGUCACCUCUGUCUUACCAAUGGCCAAAACCUCUGGAACCAGCGACAGCACCUCCUCUUCUAGUGCAAACUCUCCAACCCAUGAUUCUAAUACCAGCAACCCGAACGCCGCAGCCAUUGCCCUCAACCAUGCUACUCGAGAACCCAUAUCCUUCAACUCCGUUGCGUUUCCUCUUAAGCUAACCCCCACCAAUUAUCCCUCCUGGAAGACACAAUUCACAUGUCUUAUUGUAGGUUAUGAUUUACUUGGUUUUCUAGAUGGAACAAAUCCGUGUCCUAUGGCUACGGAACCAACCUAUGCUCUCUGGGCUCGACAAGAUCAACUCUUACGCCAUGCACUCAUUACUUCAGAGCGACUUCAAAACAUGCAUCAUGAUGGCAAAUUUGUCUCUGAAUAUCUCCGCACUCUGAAAGCGGUGGCAGACGAAUUAGGUCCAGAAUUUCGAGAGAUUGCAGCAUCUCUUCGAACACGUGACACCUCCCUGUCCUUUGAUGAUCUCCAUGAUCGGUUGGUGGCUCAUGAAGAAAGUCUCCACCGGGAAGAUACCAAAUUGGAAUCUACUCCCUUCACUGCUCACUUUGCUCGAGUAGCCACAACACCCUCUUCCUCCGUCGGGACCUCUGUUGGACUGUUGCCCACACCUCACAAUGGUCAGUUCUUCACUCCACCACCUCGGAACUAUCGAGGGCCCCUUUCCUCCAACAGACCCUUCUCUGGGAAUAGACGGCGUGGAUCUUUUGGCAGGCCCAACAAUCGGCCUACUGCUCAAGCUUGUCAGUUGCGCCACAAUUCAGGCCAUUUUGCCCACAAUUGUCCGUUUUAUCGGGUUCAACAACACCCUCCGCAUGCCAAUUUUGCAUCCUCUCCCAACAUUGCUUCUGAGGAUUGGCUACUUGACUCUGGUGCAACUCACCAUGUGACCACGGACCUUGCUAAUCUCGCCUUGCACUCUGAAUAUCUUGGCCCUGAUGAACUUCAAAUUGGGGAUGGAAUAGGUUUGAAAAUCACACAUGUGGGUGAUACCACAUUACCUACCUCUUCAACCUCUUUUCCUUUACGUAAUGUUUUAUGUGUUCCCUCUGCUUCUAAGAACUUAAUAUCUGUUUCUCAAUUAUGUAAACAUACUAAUGCCAUUGUCGAAUUUCACCCUGAUUAUUUUUUGGUGAAGGAUCGAAGCACGGGGGCGACAAUGUUGCGCGGUCCAAACAUACAUGGAGUUUAUAAACUCCUAAGCAAAACUAAGCCUGUGGCUCUGGUUGGUGAAUGUGUCUCUUUGGCGAACUGGCAUGCACACUUAGUUCUCAUUGACAUUGCUUGCCACCGCCCGGCUGUUGAUCGCUCAAUGUUGCCUCCUUGUGCUGCGGUUCCCCAUCAUGAGGUAGUCCCCGUGUCCACCAAACUAGCUGUUCCUCACUCACCUGCCUCUCCGACAGCUUCUACCUCCACCCCUCGGUCUCCUACUCAAAGCCCCUGUCCAACCUCAACCCCCACAAUCACCCCCACCAUAGCUGAAUUGGACUCCUCUCCUCCUCUAUCCUCCACCCACGCCACUUUUGAUGCCCUCCCACUACCACCGCCUUCCCUACCUAUGCACACUCAUCCCAUGGUCACCCAUUCUCAAAACAACAUCUUUAAACCAAAAUCCUUCCAUCAUGCAACCAUGGCCUCUCCACUCCCUUCACCUGAACCCACUUGUGUGUCUCAAGCACUCAAAGAUUUCCAUUGGAGACGGGCCAUGUCUGAGGAGUUCAAUGCGUUGAUCCGUCAAGGGACGUGGGAGCUAGUACCCUAUCACCCGAAUCAACAUGUUCUUGGCUGCAAGUGGAUAUUUCAGAUAAAAAGGGGCAAAGAUGGGUCAAUUGCACACUACAAAGCAUGUUUAGUUGCCAAGGGGUUUCAUCAAAGGCCAGGUUCAGAUUAUCUCAACACUUUCAGUCCUGUUAUUAAACCAACUACGAUCUGGACUGUUCUCUCUCUUAUAGUUAGUUCCCGGUGGCCCCUUAAGCAAUUGGAUGUGAAUAAUGCAUUUUUACAUGGUGAACUCGAUGAAGAGCUCUAUAUGCAGCAACCUGCUGGCUUUAUUGAUCAGAAUCAUCCCUCACAUGUUUGCCGCCUUCGCAAAUCGAUUUAUGGCUUAAAACAGGCCCCCCGAGCUUGGUUUCGAGCUCUCAAGGACUUUCUUCUUUCACAGGGGUUCUUUAAUUCCAAAUCAGAUUCUUCCUUGUUUAUCUUUAACAGGGGGUCUGUUGUAGUCUUUUUUCUCGUCUACGUGGAUGAUAUCAUCGUUAUUGGCAAUAACCUUUCCUUCAUUACCUCUUUAAUCCAGACUAUGGGACAUCGCUUCUCUCUCAAAGAGCCUAGUGACCUCAGUUACUUUCUUCGCAUCGAGGUUGUGUCUGUUAAUGGCAGUCUCUUUCUUUCACAGCAUCGCUAUAUCCAAGACUUAUUACAGAAGUCGGGUAUGACUGAGGCUAAACCCGUGGCUACUCCGCUUGCUUCCACUUCCAACUUGCUUCUCAACACCAGCGUUCCUCUUACAGAUGUCGUCUCUCACAGUUCAUGCACAAACCCACUGAUGUUCACUGGCAGGCUCUUAAGCGAGUUUUACACUAUCUUCGUGGCACUGCCUCUCAUGGAAUCCUUCUUCAGCCACAACAAUCCAACUCCAUUCACGCCUUUUCUGAUGCAAACUGGGCUGGGGACCAUGACACUUGUCUCUCCACAACUGGAUACAUUGUUUUUCUUGGUAGGAAUCCCAUUUCGUGGAGAGCGGCCAAACAGCGUGCCGUUGCUCGUAGCUCCACCGAAGCAGAGUACAGAGCCUUAGCUGCGUCUUCAUCUGAGCUUGU